CGUCGUGUGGGUUACCACAAAGACUCUCUUAUUAGAAGGCCAGUGGCAGAAGAAACCUUCGUCCUCCUCCGCAACCCAAAACCAAGAAAACUCUUCGUUCGUCUCUUUUCCUCUCUUUUCCGUCUCCUCGUUUCGAUUCUCUGUUCAGAGAUUCAUUAAAGAAAAAUCUGCAUUUGCCUGUAUGAAGGGAUGAGCUGGUUUGACAAGCUACGUUGUUCGUCGAAUUCGAGCCAUUUCAUUGCCGGACUCUUGAUCUUUAUACUUUAUCAUUCCUUCCAGUUAAUUUCUAAUUCUUUAAUUCCUAUAAAGCUCUAAACGCCAUUCAGAUUACUGCUGUUUCUUUCUUUUUCAAUGGAUCCCAAAGAUUUCUUAUGCAAUAAUUUGAUGGAUGGUUCCUUGUUUUCACACAUUGAGAGACAACCACCUUCCUUGCCUUCAGUCAUUGUCAUAGGUGGGGGGAUUUCUGGGAUUGCUGCUGCCCGUGCCCUUCGUGAUGCAUCUUUCAAGGUGCUCUUGUUAGAGUCACGGGACAGACUUGGUGGCCGUAUUCACACCGACUUCUCAUUUGGUUGUCCUGUUGAUAUGGGGGCAUCAUGGUUACAUGGUGUCUGUAAUGAGAACUCCUUGGCUCCACUGAUACGUUGUCUGGGACUUACAUUAUACCGUACAAGUGGUGACAACUCUGUGUUAUAUGACCAUGAUUUGGAAAGUUAUGUGCUUUUUGAUAUGGAAGGCCGUCAAGUUCCUCAACAACUAGUCAUCAAAGUUGGAGAGAUAUUCAAAAGGAUUCUCAAAGAGACGGAAAAAGUAAGGGAUGAACACACUGAGGACAUUUCAGUUCUUCAAGCCAUUUCAAUCGUAAUGGAUAGGCAUCCAGAUUUGAGACAAGAAGGACUUGCUCAUGAAGUUCUGCAGUGGUACAUAUGCAGAAUGGAAGCUUGGUUUGCGGCAGAUGCGGAUAUGAUUUCACUGAAAGCUUGGGAUCAGGAGCAUGUUCUUUCUGGGGGCCACGGACUCAUGAAGCAGGGUUAUUACCCAGUGAUUAAGGCUUUAGCGGAAAAUAUUGAUAUACGCUUGAAUCACAGGGUUACAAGGAUUGCCAAUUGGUUCAAUAAAGUGAUUCUUACUGUUGAAGAUGGGAGAUGCUUUGUUGCGGAUGCUGCUAUCAUAACAGUCCCUUUGGGAGUUCUGAAAGCCAAUCUAAUUGAGUUUGAGCCCAAAUUACCUCAGUGGAAACUUGAUGCAAUAUCUGAUAUGGGUUUUGGAAAUGAAAACAAGAUUGCCUUAUGUUUUGACACGGUCUUUUGGCCAAAUGUGGAAUUAUUAGGCAUUGUUGCACAAACUUCGUAUUCCUGUGGCUAUUUUCUCAAUCUUCAUAAGGCAACAGGCCACCCUGUACUUGUCUAUAUGGCUGCUGGAAGGUUUGCUUAUGACAUAGAGAAGUUAUCUGAUGAAGCUGCUGCUAAUUUUGUGAUGGUGCAACUCAAGAAAAUGCUUCCUAAUGCAAAGGAUCCGGUUCAGUAUCUUGUUUCACGCUGGGGCACAGAUCCAAACUCUCUUGGUUCUUACUCCUACGACUUGGUUGGGAAGUCAGCAGAUUUGUAUGAGAAGCUCCAAGCUCCUGUUGGUAGCCUUUUCUUUGGUGGUGAGGCUGUGAGUUUGGAUCAUGCUGGUUCUGUUCAUGGAGCUUACACAGCUGGACUGAUGGCUGCUGAAGACUGCAGGAGUUAUCUAUUGAAGCAGCUUGGUAAUAUGGAACUGCUCCAGUUCGUCUCCUCUGAGGAGGAAAUUGUUGAAGCCACUGUUCCUAUCCAAAUUUCAAGGAUGUGAGCUCCAUAUAAUAUCCUAAUAAACCAUGUUUUUGUUGAUAGCAUUGAGAAUAAUUGCAGCUAUCUCUCAUUAUUGAUUUAUACAUGGAUAAAUACACUGAUUGUUCAACCAGAUGUCUAUAUCAAAUACGCAUAUGAAAAUUCAAGGACAAUUUCU